AUAAAAUAAAAUACUAGUUCACAUGAUGAACUGUAGCAACGACCGAAAGCUUGUUGGUGUCAGUUGGGUCACUUUAUUUUCUGGAGUUAGGAAUCUGACGGAAGGUCCAAUACUUACACUGUUUCCUACACUUGUGUGAGCACCCGAAUGCAGCACAGACCAGCUCUGUCCAACAUGGCGGCGGCCCUGCCCGGCAGAUGUGGCUUCUUCUUGGAGAAAAAGAAACGUUUCUGUAAAAUGAUCGUCAGCAGAGGAAGACGCUUCUGCGGAGAGCACGCCACCAUGGAGGAAGGAAGCAGCAGGAGGAUUGUAUGUCCUCUGGACCCCAAACAUACCGUGAGUGAAGACAAACUGGACAAACACCUGAAGAAGUGUAACUCCAGAGAGAAACCCAGACCUGUUUAUUAUGUGGAGAACAUAAACUCUGGUCCAGCUGACGGAGACGACACGCUCCAGCAGGUGAGCCUGUCUGAACAAAGCCGAACACAGCUGGAGUCUCUGCUGGACAAACUGAAGACUGCAGCCACAGGACUGCAGUGUGACGAGGAGGACAGGGUUCUGUCUCACCCUGCUCUUCAGGAGGAACUCAACAACCCAAAGAAUGGAGACUCCGCCCACAAGCAUCUGAAGCAGCAGUCCUCUAUCUUAGGUCACCUGGAGGCACUGGGGCUGCUGGGAAGGGGGCGGUGCUUUGUGGAGUUCGGAGCAGGUCGAGGAAAACUGUCUCACUGGAUCCACGAAGCUCUGAAGACCCGAGAUGAUCCAGAGACCCAGGACCACCUGGAGAGCUUGGACGACCUGCAGCUGCUGCUGGUGGAGCGUUGCAGCACCCGAUUUAAGGUGGACGGGAAACAUCACGGUGUUGGCGUUGAGUUCGAGAGGCUGCAGGUGGACAUCCAACAUCUAGACCUCAGUAAAGUCCCUCUACUCACACAGAAGAAGCUCCCAUUGGUCGGAGUCGGGAAACAUCUCUGUGGAGCAGCAACAGAUCUGGCUCUGCGGUGUCUGUUGGAAACACCAGGACUCAGACAGGAAACUGGACCACCCCGAAAACGGCUCAAAACUUCAGAACCAGCUGGUCCAGAAUCAGCUGUACCAGCAGCACUGCCUGGUCCCGGUCCUGAUCCAGACCCUCGUCUUCAUCCUGGUCCAGUCCAGGGCCUGGCGGUGGCACUGUGCUGUCAUCAUCGCUGUGAGUGGCGUCACUAUGUGGGUCAGAAGUUCUUCCUGCAACGAGGACUCGGAGCUGAAGAGUUCUCAGCUUUCUGUCGAAUGUCCAGCUGGGCCACAUGUGGACUCAGACCCACGACUCAGGACCCUCCACCUCGGGAUCCCACCAGUCAGAGAGGAGACGAAGAAGAGCAUGAACCAGCAGAAGAGACAGACGCUGUGAACGGGUUUCUGUCGGCGGCUGAACGUGAGCAGGUCGGUCGUCUCUGUAAACGUCUGAUUGACGGAGGCAGGAUUCACUUCCUGCAGACGAGAGGGUUCGACAGCAGACUGAGUCGUUACGUAAACAGUCGCGUGACCCCAGAGAACGUCCUGCUGACCGCCGUCCCCUCAUCCUCCUCGUCCUCCUGCUGAAGGUCACGUGCACACAGAGUCCAGCAGAGUUUCUAAAAAAGUCUCUUUAUUGAUUCUGAUGGGUAUCAGCACAGAUCAAUAUGUGUUCACAUGUUUUAUAAUGUUUGUAUUAAAGUAUUUUCACCUGUG